AUCCCAUCGUUAGAGAACAGAGCAACAGAGCAAAUCAUUUGUCCCGCCUUCACAUUAAUUUCUCUUUAACUGAUUUGACGAGCAUCCUCUCUGGAGUAUUGUCCCAGUUCCAGCUGCGAUCAUGUCAAACCAGCAGGUGGGCACGGUGUUCGAUCGUGUCAUCCAGGAGGUCUGUGAUGGCUCCCAGGUGGACUUUGAGGAAAGCGGAGUGGAUCAGCAAACAUUGUUAGACCUGCGCAGAAGCUGGCAGAAAAAGCUGUCCUCGUUGGGCGUUGCUCACUUCCCCUGGGAUCCCCCGCCGCCGCAACCCGCUCCUCCUCAGGCUCAAAACAUACUUCCUCCUACAGCGACGGUCCCCUCUAAUGCUCCCCGGGCUGGUCCACCUCCUCAACCACAGCACCAUGUUCCCCCGCCCCCUCAACAUCACCUCCCGCAGUCCGUCCCUGGUACGGUCCCCCCGCUGCAGGCUCCCGCUCCCGUUGGGCCCCCUCCUCACGCCAUGGGUCAGCCACCGCACAUUAAAACCGAACCUGGUCUCAAUGGCCAGCCCGGAAUGAUCCCUAUGAACAACAUGAUGAUGUCGAACGCCCCGAACCCCCAAUCCGCACAGGAACGUGCUGCCAACAUGCUUCGACAGCGGUAUGGCGCUGCGGCCGCUAACUCGGUCAGCCAGAUGCAAGCGCAAUCACAAGCACAGGCAGCCAUGGGCAUGCCCGGCCAGCACCGUCCCCCUCACCUUCAGCAUGUUCCAAACGGCCAGGCCCCACAAAUCAAGCAAGAACCGGGUUACCCGCCUGUGUCUCAGCCUCCUGUCGGGAAUGCUCAAACAGAUGGUGCGGGUGAUGAUGCCCUGUCUGUUUGGAAAGCUGAGGUUGCACGGAGACGGGAAGCUGCUGAACGCCAGGGGGGAGAAGGUGACCGUAUUCUUCGGGAACAUCUCAAGCAGCGUAUGCUUCAGUUAGAGGGCGGCGGUCUCAUGCUGCCUCUAGAGGAGCAUCAGUCCUCAUCCAAACCAUCCCAAGUGCUGGCGAACCAACUAGAAUCAGGCAACGAUAUGGGGCUUGCGGCACAUGGUCAACCGCCCAGAAUCCCGGGUGCUCAGUUUGAUGGCCCGGGAGGCGAUGAUGAAAGGGACGAGGAUGACGAGGACGCUAUCAAUUCCGAUCUGGAUGAUCCUGAUGACCUUGUUGCGGAGGAUCAUGACGCUGAAGACGCUGUAGGUCAGGUCAUGCUUUGUACCUAUGACAAGGUGCAACGCGUGAAGAACAAGUGGAAGUGCACGCUCAAGGAUGGUAUCUUAACCACCGGUGGCAAGGAGUACGUCUUCCACAAAGGUCAAGGAGAGUUUGAGUGGUAGAUAAGCCUCCACCUCUUUCUCCGAACGAUUCCAAACCUUGUAUUUCCUUCCGCUUCUUCUCCCUUUCUUAUCUUCCUUCUUUUCUCCUAUCCCCAUCUGUAAAAACUCCAGAUCUGUCCCAGAACGUCAUGAGCAAUGAACCAAACCCAAACUCAACCCCAAAUCCGGUUCCUACACAUAUUUUGAUGGUCGGUGCAAGCGGAAAUUUGCCUCAAACGAUGAUUCAAUUUUUCACGAACUAAGAAAACACCACACCGGGAUUCCUGUUUCCGUCUUUCGUUUCUUUCAACAAUUACUUUCCAUACUCACUUUUCCCCACAUUGGAUGUAUGUGGCGCGUAUUGAAGGCGGACGGCGGUUUUCUCCCAGUUAGCUGUACUAGAGUAACAUAUUGAAUGAAACAGAUGGCCUUUGUCCUUG